AACGAGAUUAACGCUUUUUGUUUUUUUAUUUAUUUAUUGUGAUCCAGUCUCUUCAACGAUAACAACACUCUACGCUACGCUCUCUCUCUCUGCAAUCUCCUUCCGGGAUACGCCUGCCUCCCUUCUCCCUCUUCAAGUUUUAGAUCAUCUCAAGACACUCUCUCUCCUCACUGUCGGUUGCUGAUGCCUAUCGAUGGAAUACCGUUAGCAUACUUGGCCAUCCAAGAGUCAUAUAAAUUUCGCAAGAUCUCUACGCAAUUCCUCCCGUUUUGAGCGACAAUGGCGAUGAGAAGGGGUUCAUCUGGUGCGGGAUUGCAUAGGAACCGAGGUGGUGGAUCUCGAUUGCCUGUUGCACUUCUCGUUCUAUUCACUGUUUUCGUUCCGUUUGUUGUCUUUGUCCAUCGAGGACUGCACUUGAUUCCUACGAUUGAUGGAAAUGAAAUUCCUCUUGGUUCUAGCAGACAGAAUAUGGAUUGGAGGGAAAGGCUGGCUGUGCAACAUGUGAAAUCCUUACUUCCAAAAGAGGUUAUUGAUGUUAUUGUUGCCAACACUCCUGAUAUGGACCCGUUGAGUCUUGAUUCUUUCAUAAAAAGUAAUUUGUCAGCAUCAUGGAAAAUUAUCGGUUCAGAGACAAUGCCUGAAAUAUAUGUCACCUCUGAGUCAAAUAAAAAAUCUGUGAACAUCAAGCAAGUGACAGCUAAAGGCCGUGGCAGCAAUCUAUCUGAUGACCAUUCUCAACUCAUUGAUACACCCGCAAAACAAGCUCGAAGGAAAUUGAGAGAUAAACGACUUGAGAAGCGUACUGCUGAGUUGGUGCAACGCGAUGAUGAAGCAAUUGUGAAGCUUGAAAAUGCAGCCAUCGAACACUCGAAAUAUGUUGAUACAGCAUAUUUAGGGAAGUACAGUAUAUGGAAAAAAGAGAACGAGAAUGAUAAUUCUGAUUCAACAGUACGCUUGAUGCGAGAUCAAAUUAUAAUGGCAAAGGUAUACCUAAGUAUCGCAAAGGCCAAGAACAAACUUGACUUGCACCAAGCACUACAGAUUCGAAUCAAAGCCACUCAGCAUUCCCUUGGGGAGGCAACAACUGAUGCUGAUCUACAUCACAGUGCAGCAGGGAAUAUAAAAUCUAUGGGCGAAGUUCUGUCAAAGGCAAGAGAGCAUUUGUAUGACUGCAAAACGGUCACUGGGACGCUCAGAGCAAUGCUUCAAACAGCUGAUGAGCAAGUUAGAAGCCUGAAGAAACAGAGCACAUUCUUGAGCCAGUUAGCUGCCAAAACGCUUCCAAACGGAAUCCACUGCUUAUCUUUGCGCUUAACCAUUGAUUACUAUCUGCUUCCUCCUGAGAAGAGAGUGUUCCCUAAAACUGAGAAUCUGGAAAAGCCAAAUCUUUACCAUUAUGCACUCUUCUCUGAUAAUGUCUUGGCUGCUUCUGUUGUUGUCAACUCAACAAUCUUGAAUGCCAAGGACCCUUCCAAGCAUGUUUUCCAUCUCGUUACUGAUAAACUCAACUUUGGAGCAAUGAAAAUGUGGUUUCUGUUGAACCCACCUGGAAAAGCUACCAUUAACGUUGAAAAUGUUGAUGAAUUUAAGUGGCUUAACUCCUCUUAUUGCCCAGUUCUGAAGCAGCUUGAGUCUGCUGCAAUGAAAGAAUAUUAUUAUCAUCAUACGUCAGCAUUGGCAACUGGUUCUGGAAAUCUAAAGUAUCGAAACCCAAAGUAUCUGUCAAUGCUGAAUCACUUGAGGUUCUAUCUUCCUGAGGUCUAUCCCAAGCUGGAUAAGAUAUUGUUUCUCGAUGACGAUAUUGUUGUACAGAAAGACUUGACCCUACUGUGGUCUGUGGAUCUCCGUGGGAAAGUGAAUGGUGCAGUGGAAACAUGUGGUGAAAGCUUUCACAGAUUUGAUAAGUACCUAAACUUCUCGAACCCUCUUAUUGCUAAAAAUUUUGAUCCAAACGCAUGUGGAUGGGCAUAUGGAAUGAAUAUUUUUGAUCUUAAGGAAUGGAAAACGAAGAAUAUCACUGGUAUAUAUCACAGGUGGCAAAGCCAGAAUGAAGAGAGAGUACUGUGGAAGCUAGGGACAUUGCCUCCAGGGCUGAUUACAUUUUAUCGUCUGACACAUCCACUUGAGAAGUCGUGGCAUGUUCUAGGUUUGGGCUACAAUCCGAGCAUUGAUAGGUCAGAGAUCGAAAAGGCAGCAGUUGUCCACUACAAUGGCAACAUGAAGCCAUGGCUUGAAUUAGCAAUGACAAAAUAUCGGUCCUACUGGACCAAGUACAUCAAGUAUGAUCAUCCUUACCUUCGCAACUGCAACCUAAGAGAAUGAACUUGAUGAACGGAACUGAAGAUGCAGUGAAUAUUCCAUGUUUCUACCUCUGCACUCUUCUCUCUGCAUCCCUUCUCCCAUUUGGAAGUUAUGCCCUAGAUGAUUCAUUGCAUGUGAUGGGAUGAGGUAAAAGAACUAAUCUGAUGCUCUUGACUUCCCUCUUCCACAUUGUUUAUUCUUCCCUGUAAUUCGUUAACAUUGCCCCACAAUUGCCUACCCAUAUGCCCUACAAUUUUUUCCCCUUUUAUUUUUGGUAGAAUUUCGGCCAUAUAUGAAUGUGAAUUUUCCUUAUUCUUUAAGCAAGGGCUCACUUGCUUUGAAUAACUUAAUUUCUUAGGAGGUGUUGAUAUUCUGUGAACCAAGAGCAUCGACUUGUUAUCUUUCAACAAAUAUUUAGGUUCAAGGAUGACUGCUAAUGGGAUGUGUAACUUUAUUGUUUUUAGAGAAUUAUAUUGUACUUAUUUUUCGAAGUA